AGCAUCAAACCUGCCUCGAAUCAAGAUAUCAUACUCUCGUAUUGCAAGUCUGUUCAAUCAAACCAGGGUAGGAGAUCAGGCAAUGCAGACUCACUUACUCAGCUUCCUCAUAUUAACAACAGUCCCCGUAUUCUCGAAGUCAGCCUUCGGUCAUGAAUUAUCUACACCACCAAUUCCACCACCAUCACCGUCAUUAUUAGCACACCCAAAGCCGGCCUUCACUGAUCCACCAACACCACCGCCAUCACCAUCACCAUUAGUGCCUCCGUGCAUCACUGUGGUGGUAGAACUGUUGCCUUGCUUGCCGUUCUUGAGAGGCGAGGGCUCAACUCCAUCGCAGAGUUGCUGCACUGGCGUGGUGGACAUGAGCAACAAGGCCAAGAGCAAAGGCGAUCGACAAGCCAUAUGCGGGUGCGUCAAGGAAGCUUUGGCUAAUGUUGAGUAUCAGCCCAAGCUCAUCUCAGUCCUGCCUCAGAAUUGUGGUGCCUCCAUGACUCUUCCUCCCAUCGACAGCAAAACCGACUGCUCCAAGGCCAUAAUCGAAUCGUGGAUCUAUUGACAUGUACUUCUGAUAUCCAAGAUAUUAUUUCAGCUGCGGUAGAAGCCAAAGACUCUUGGAGUAAAGGAUACUUUAGAACUUCGCACGGGUGAAUCUGUACUGCAAGGCCUUCGCCUGCGGGCAAUCAUCUUGAAUGCGAUGUCUUGAUAUAAUUCUAAAGAUCAGAGUGACCCAUUAAUCAAGUCAGAAUAAUGUCUCAAUCUUUGCGAUUUGCAUUGA